AUGACAACUCACGACUCUAUUCAAGAAUUUCAUCUUAAUUCUUCAACUUCCUCCGUCUUCGACAAUAACGACAAUAUUAAUAAUGCUGAUAUAAAUGACAACGAUGAUGGCAACACUAGAACAAAUUAUAAAGCUAAUUCCUCUUUAAAUUAUAACCAUUCUAUGAAUGGUCUUGACGAGGAAGAUGUCGAAGAACAAAUAAUUAACCUGUUAGAUAAUGAUAAUGAAGAAAAUGAGACAUUUCUCAUGGAUAUUGAAAAUGUGAUCACUUCUCAUUAUGAUAAUAUUAAACAAGGCUACAUUAAUGAACGUUGUGCCCCAGAUUUGUUACCUUAUCUGACGAAUGACGUUGAGCAGUUACUUGCUUCAUUGAAACAAUUAAAUGUCAGAGAAACGCAAAUUCGUCAAAGCCGAAUGAGGCGUGUGAGUGAAAAAGACUUUGUAGAGUUGAUGGAUAAGGAACGCGCGUGUCAUUAUUUAAGAUGUUAUCUAAGAACAAGAUUAACAAAGAUUGAGUCGCAAUGUGCACUUAUUCUUAAACGAAAUGAAUAUAUUGAUCGACUAUCCGAUGCUGAAAAAAUCUUCGCGCUAGACUAUAUGAAUAUGAUUAAUAAGCACUUUGAUGAUUUGGUCUGGAAGAAUAUACCGGUAGAAUUACGGGAGAAAGAGUCUGAUUUACUCGUAUCUCUAGACUUAUCAAGAAUUGUGUUUUGCCGAGUGAAAGAGGAUCUAGGUGAAUUAAAUGUAUCUGAUACUACCGGAGAUACUAUUAAACUGGAGAAAAAUGGGAUCUAUGCACUUCGUUACGAAACUAUUUCAUCUUAUUUGAUUGAUGGGUUAGUUGAAUUAUUGUAG